AUGAGAGACGGAUUUUAUGGACAGGCGGGUAUAACCCUAACUAAGCGGGUUACCUUACCUACCCGGGGUUCCCUGCCACCAUGUAAAGAUGCCUUAACCCGAACCUCAAGAUGUAAUCGUUUUACUUAUUUUCAGCACACUGUGGCACUCUGUUUGAUUUCGAAAACGGAUUGUCAGGUUGGACAUUGACUGGCAAUGCAUUCAACAAUCAGCCAACAUACGGCGAUAAUUCAUUACAGAGGGGCAAAGGACCUGCCAAUCACAAAGGGAAUUGGUGGAUUGGCGGCUUCGAGAAUCGGCCCAGUCCCUCCCAUCAGGCUGGUGCAAACCAAAGCGAUGUUCCCCAAGGCACGAUGACGUCACCCUGUUUUGGUAUUAAUGGCAAUUCUCUUCGGUUCCUUGUUGGAGGAAGUUGUUACGUAAACGAGAUUCGUGCUGAGCUUAUUGUUGACGGAAAAGUGGUUUUUCGGGAAACUGGGGAUUGUAGUGAAUCCAUGACAGAGAAAAGCUGGGAUGUAUCGAGUUUUGUUGGUAGAAUAGCUCAGUUGCGUUUGGUUGACCAUUCCUCAGGCCACUGGGGUCACAUUAAUUUUGAUCAUUUAAUUUGCCAGUGA